UUUAUCAAAUGUCAAUGGACUCUUUUGCAACUUUCUUUUUUCUUUUUUUCCCAAACUUUAAAACCCUAAUUUGACCGCCAAUAACUGCGAAAUCUUCAUAGCACCCUCACCCGAGAAUGUCUACGUCACGCAGAUCCGUCCCUCUUCUGAAAACCCUUAUAGCCCAAAAAAGCCAAACCCGAGCGGUAACCUACAUGCCUCGGCCAGGAGACGGAGCCCCAAGACCCGUAACCCUAAUCCCAGGAGAUGGAAUCGGACCAUUAGUGACAAGCGCGGUGGAACAAGUGAUGGAAGCAAUGCACGCGCCGGUUUACUUCGAGAAGUACGACGUUCACGGCGACAUGAAGCGCGUGCCGCUGGAAGUCAUAGAUUCAAUAAAGAAGAACAAAGUUUGUCUGAAAGGAGGGCUGAGAACACCAAUGGGAGGUGGAGUUAGUUCAUUGAAUGUGCAAUUAAGGAAAGAAUUGGAUUUGUAUGCUUCGUUGGUCAAUUGUUGUAACUUGCCAGGAUUGCCGACUAGACAUGAAAACGUGGAUAUCGUGGUAAUUAGGGAGAACACAGAAGGGGAAUACUCGGGUCUCGAACACGAGGUCGUGCCUGGCGUUGUUGAGAGCCUCAAGGUGAUAACCAAGUUUUGUUCAGAGCGGAUUGCAAAAUAUGCUUUUGAAUACGCUUAUCUAAACAAUCGAAAGAAGGUUACUGCUGUUCAUAAGGCCAAUAUUAUGAAACUCGCUGAUGGGUUGUUUUUAGAGUCUUGCCGGGAAGUUGCAACUAAAUAUCCAAGUAUUAAGUAUAAUGAAAUUAUUGUGGACAAUUGCUGUAUGCAACUUGUUUCAAAACCGGAGCAAUUUGAUGUCAUGGUUACUCCUAAUCUUUAUGGAAAUCUUGUUGCAAAUACGGCAGCUGGUAUUGCUGGAGGCACUGGUGUCAUGCCUGGAGGCAAUGUGGGAGCUGAACAUGCUGUCUUUGAGCAAGGGGCUUCAGCAGGGAAUGUGGGAAAAGAAAAGAUAGUGGAUCAAAAGAAGGCAAAUCCAGUGGCUUUGCUUCUCUCCUCUGCCAUGAUGUUGAGACACCUUCAGUUUCCUUCAUUUGCUGAUCGACUUGAAAAUGCAGUGAAACGUGUAAUCUCGGAGGGCAAAUACCGGACUAAAGAUCUCGGUGGAUAUAGCACUACACAAGAAGUUGUUGAUGCUGUCAUUACUAAUCUAGACUGACAACUUCUUUAUGAUUGGCUCCUCCAUCAUGGAUUCUCAAGUCUUAAUAAUUUCAGUUAGUAUGUUUUUCUUAUUUUCUAUAUUGCAUUCUUAGAUUUCAUCCAUGAUAUUCUUU